CAUCGGAACAAAGCAACAUAUCCUCCAAUCCUCUAACCUAUCCUCAUUAUAAAAAAGAAAUGUCACCUCCACAAAACAAGUAUGGGCCUGCGAAAGCCAUUGAAUUUUAUAAUAAAAACACGGUCAUCUUCUUGACAGGUGCUACGGGCUUCAUUGGCAAGGCCAUCUUGGAGAAGCUACUGCGUUCUUUCCCCCAGAUCACAAAGAUCUACUUGCUGAUCAGGGUCUCGGGGAAGAAGACAUUGAAAGAUCGUAUUGAGAAUAUAUUUAGCAGCAGGAUUUUUGAUACUGUCAAGUCCCAAUUCUCAAGUGCUCAAGAGUUUCAAGAAAAGAUUGUCCGCAAGGUUGUGCCUGUGAAGGGAGAUAUUUCUGCCAAUCAUCUGGGUCUCUCAGACGAGGAUAUGGCUAUGGUCCAGGAAGAUACCACAGUUUUCAUCAACAGCGCUGCCUCUAUCAAAUUCAAUGACCCGUUGAAGACUGCCCUUGAGAUAAAUACAAAUGGCCCUCUCCGCAUAUUCGAAAUUGCCAAGGGCUGCAAAAAUUUAGCUGCCAUCGUUCAUAUCUCGACUUGCUUUGUCAACGCACCCAUGUUUGAGCAACAUAUUGACGAAAUCAUCUAUCCGCACCCACUUGGUGAUGAUCCUGAAGCCAUCUAUGAUAUGCUGUCCACCAAGAUGUCCUCCAAAGAGAUAAAAGAUUAUGAGGAAUCUGUGGUCCUCAAGGCUUACCCCAAUACAUACACAUUCGCCAAGUCCUUGGCAGAACAUUUGAUAAAGAGCCGAUAUAGGGAUAUGGCUCUCCCUAUUGUCAUUGUCCGCCCUGCCAUUGUCACUGCUGCCUACAAGGAACCAGUUCCUGGAUGGGUAGAAGGGUCUGCUGCAACCAACAAAGCGAUUGUGGCUGGUUCGAUCGGUCUAAUUCAAGAAUGGAUCGGUAACGAGUCCACUAAAACAGACCUAGUUCCUGUCGAUUUUGUGGUCAAAACGACCCUUCUCUCCGCCACGACUGCUGAUCGCACACUCACAGAGCCUCGCAUAUAUCAUGUCGGCACCAGCUGUAUUAAUCCCAUCACCUGGGGUGAGUUUAAAACGUAUUUGAAUUCAUACCUUAUCGUAGCUGGACCACCAAGUCAACGGAUCUCAGAUGACAUUCGGUGCGAUUUUUACCUUCCUGCAGAAUUUGAACGUCGAUUUGAAGCCCGCUUUGGAGAGCUGAUCCGAACUUUGGAUCAGCACAAAGAUAAUGAGAAGCUCAAGCGUCAAAUCAUCAUGGCAAAGAAUCUGAUCAUCGACUUCAAAGCCUUUACCUUAAACCAAUGGUUCUUUGAUGUGACCAAUACAUUGGCCCUUGACGAUGCUGCACCUGAAGAGCUCAAAAGCGAGCUCAAGAGCGGGCUCAAAGAAGGUAUGGAUUGGCACAGAUAUAUGGUGUGCUACGCCUCAGGCGUGCAUCGCUUUAUUCUAGGUGAGGAGGUCGCUAUACCCUAUGGAAUGGUCGCAAAAGAAAAGAUCACGGGCAGACUCUAG